UAAUUUAGUGCAAGAUAUAAUAAUCGACAAUCUAAUCUGCCGAUCUGACGAUGUUUCUUCGGCGUCGAUACGAAAAACAAUUUUGAUCUUGACACACGAUCAAGCGUGUCGUGACACAUCGACCAUCGGUACCGCGCUUCACUACGUGAAGCGGCAACAAAUUCUGGCAAUUUCUGCAUACAAAAUCGAUUCGGCUUCUAUGCGAUAACACGAUUGUGAGAAAUCGGAGUUGUCUUCAGUUGUCUCUCAAAUCUUCGAACGGGCGAGUAGUGUGCAUUUGUUCCUGAAUUGCUCUUUGAGCGAAAACCCACAAGCUUUAUCGAUACAAGUGUGCUCGAACGCGUUUUAUCGUGCAAACACAAUGGCCGAAAUAGACCUGUCUCCCGCAAAAGACGGAGGUGUGCUGAAGGAGAUUCUUAAAGAAGGAGUCGGAGAUGAAACUCCGACAACCGGUUGCAAGGUGAAGGUUCAUUAUACCGGCACCUUGCUCGACGGAACCAAGUUCGACUCCAGCAAAGACAGGGACAAGCCAUUUAAGUUUGAUCUAGGACGAGGCAGUGUCAUCAAGGCGUGGGAUAUUGGUGUAGCUAGUAUGAAAAAGGGCGAAAUCGCUGUACUAACUUGCGCUCCUGAAUACGCUUAUGGCAAGACUGGUAGUUCCCCGUCGAUUCCACCAGAUGCUACAUUGAAGUUUGAAAUUGAAUUGUUAGAUUGGUACGGAGAAGAUCUAAGUCCUAGUAAGGAUAAGAGCAUCCAGAAAUUCCAGAUACAAGAGGGAAAACGUUAUAGCAAGCCGGAAGAAGGUGCUCAAGUAAACAUACACUUGGUUGGAAAGUAUGAUGGACAAGUGUUUGAGGAAAGAGACGUAGAAUUUACUCUUGGAGAAGGUGAAGAUGUGGGAAUUGUGGAGGGUGUGGAAAUAGCGCUGCAACACUUUUUGAGCGAAGAAAAAUCGCGACUUUUAAUCAAAAGCAAAUACGCGUUUAAGGAGGAGGGAAAUGCCAAAUUUAAUAUUCCGCCGAACGCCGAUGUAGAAUACGAAGUAGAACUAAAGAGUUUUGAAUCGGAUUCGGGAAUAUGGUCGAUGAAAUCGCCCGAGAAGAUAGAACAAGCAAAGAUACAGAAGGAAAAAGGAACAAAGUACUUGACAGCGAAUAAAAUCAAUUUAGCCGUUAAAGUGUACAAGAAAGUUUUCAAAUAUCUAGAUCCUGUAUCAGAUUUCGAAGGCGAUCUCAGAGAGCAAAGAAACAAUAUCGCACUGGCAACUCACUUGAAUCUUGCUUUAUGUUAUCUGAAAACCGAUGAUAAUCUUUUGGCAAAAGAAGAGUGCACCAAAGCCUUAGAACUUGAUUCUCAGAAUGAAAAGGCUCUGUUCAGAAGAGGACAGGCGCAUCUCGGACUCGCCUCGCCCGAAAUAGCUAUUAAAGAUUUCCAGGAGGUUCUAAAAGUGCAGCCGAAAAACGCGGCCGCGUCUAAACAAAUCAUAAUCUGUAAUAACUUUAUUAAGAAGCAGUUAGCUAAAGAGAAGAAACUUUACGCGAACAUGUUUGAUAAGUUUGCGCAGGAAGAUAAACAGAAGGAGGAGGAAAAGCUAAAGGAUCAACCAGACGUGAUGCACGGGACUCUGGGAGAAUGGGGACAGGAGGAGAGACCCGGAGGUAGAGACGCGACCGCCUUUGAAAAGGAAAAUCCUAACAUACUCAUGCUCAACGCUAACGGUUCCGGUGAAUUCAAAAACAUGUAAACAAUAUGUCUAUUAUUUAUUCUUUUUUUCACACUGCCGCGUGUAAACUGCCAGUAAACGGAAAAAAAAAUAUCUCGGUCACUUCUUGGUUGUGGUGCUUUUUUUUAAUAUCACCGUAUUCCGUCUUUUAUGAAAAAUUGAAAACUGCACGUCACACAUAUAUUAAAAUAAUUAUAAUAUAUAAUGUGUCAUCAACACAUACAUUGAAACUUCGCGCGUAUGCAUUGGAGAAUCGUUUUAAAUUUUUUAAUUAUAUCCAACAUUGCGAUUGUUUUUUGCAACGUUAUUAGAAGAAAAUCAUGAUUUUAAGGCGCAUAAACAUGUUUUUUAUGUCUAACUUGGCAACUCUGUCGGAAAAUUUCUUUGCAAGAAAUAUUUGAUGUAUCGUUUUUAUAUUCAAAAACUAUUUCAUUUCAUCACGCAGUGUUUAAAAUUUAAUUUAGUACGUUAAUCAUCAUCAUGUAUCAUACACUAUUAAUAUAUAUAAGGACAAGUAUAUUUAGAAACACAAAUUAGUAUAAUUUUUAGUUUGUUAAACAUUAUCAUAAAAAUGUGAAUUAAAUAAAGCAAACUAGAAAGAAAAAAUAGAAAAAAGAUAAACAAUUGUACACGCAUAUGUGAAAAUAGUCUAUGAUUAAUGUAAUUUUUCUAGCAUGUUUUCAUAUGUUCAACACUUGCAUUAACACAUGCAUUAUGUACGAUAUUUUUAAAUUAAGAAAAUAACAGAGAAUUAAGAUGUAAAAAAAGAUUCCGAUAAGAAUUUCAUGUUUUAUUUCUCAUCAUAUCAUGUGACAGUUUCUAAUUUCCUCUUGCCUCUCUCUGUUCAAAAAUAAACACGGAACUUUUGUUUCUUUUAAAUUAUUUCUUUUACGGCUUUAUCUUACUGUAAUUAUUUUUGCAAUUAAAGAUAAACUCGUGUUUCAAGGAUGCACGUUAAUCUUUAAUAUGUAUGUGACGUUACACUUUUUGAUACUACUCACAUUAUGAGAAAUAUUCUGGGAAUAAAGUUUCGUGUUCCAGUUUUUGAAUUUAUUAUCGAUGAUAAGAAAUUUAUACGUAAUUAGCUGCUGAUUUUUUGUAAUAAAUACUUAACAAUUAGAAAUCCAACUAU